UGACCCCAGAACAGGUGCUACAGCUCCCAGAGGAUUUUCUGCAGAGGGCGGCUGUUCCACAGAGCUCCUGCUCUCAGGAUGAGUCUGAGAGAGUGAGUCAGGUUCCUCUUUCUGGGUCAUGUCUUUGAGAAGAGCCGGUCUGAAUGUGAUGAUCAGUGAGAAGUAGCCGGAACAGACCACCGUGUGUAAUGCAUUGUGCUGCCGAGGCUGAAGGAUGAGAUAGCAGAGGUGACCAAUGAGAUUGAAAGCCUGGGCCAGAGUGAAGAGAGGAAAAGCAUGCAGAGGAAUAAACAGAUGGCCAUGGGCCGAAAGAAGUUCAACAUGGACCCGAAGAAGGGGAUUCGUUUCUUGAUUGACAGUUCCCUUUUGAAAAACACCAGCGAUGACAUCGCCCAGUUUCUCUACAAGGGGGAGGGGCUUAAUAAGACUGCUAUUGGAGACUACCUAGGGGAGAGAGAUGACUUCAACAUCGAGGUCCUGCACGCCUUCCUGGAGCUGCACGAGUUCUCAGACCUGAACCUGGUGCAGGCCCUGAGACAGUUCCUGUGGAGCUUCAGGCUGCCCGGCGAGGCUCAGAAGAUCGACCGCAUGAUGGAGGCGUUCGCCCUCAGAUACUGCCGCUGUAACCCCGGAGUGUUCCAGAACACAGAUACCUGUUACGUGUUGUCUUUCGCUGUGAUCAUGUUGAACACCAGUCUACACAACCCCAACGUGAAGGACAAGCCCUCGGUCCAGAGGUUCACGGCCAUGAACAGAGGCAUCAAUGAUGGAGGAGACCUGCCGGAGGAGCUGCUCAGGAACUUGUUCGACAGCAUCAAGAACGAACCCUUUAAGAUCCCAGAGGAUGAUGGGAACGACCUCACACACACCUUCUUCAACCCCGACCGAGAAGGAUGGCUGCUCAAGCUCGGAGGGGGGCGAGUUAAGACCUGGAAGAGACGCUGGUUCAUUCUCACAGAUAACUGCCUCUACUACUUUGAGUACACGACUGAUAAAGAACCCAGAGGAAUUAUUCCACUGGAGAAUCUGAGCAUCAGAGAAGUCGAUGACUCCAAGAAACCGAACUGCUUCGAGCUGUUUGUCUCCGACCACAGAGAUCAGGUGAUCAAAGCCUGCAAGACGGAGGCAGACGGCCGCGUGGUGGAGGGAAACCACACUUUCUACAGGAUCUCCGCCCCGACCGCAGAGGAGAAGGACGAGUGGAUCAACAGCAUCAAAGCCGCCAUCAGCAAAGACCCGUUCUACGAGAUGCUGGCUGCCCGGAAAAAGAAAGUCUCGUCUCUGAAAGGGCUGUAGCGCUGCGAGGAUGAAACACUGUGGACCUGAAACUCCUCCUGCUGCUAAACUGACAUUUGGACCUGACGGAGAGAAGUUUGCUUUUAAAGCUCUUCCUCUGUCCCCUUCAGUACCGACACCUCUCUCUCUACAGGUUUGACCUUUGUGUUUAAAGUUUCUCUCCCCAUCUAUAGAUGAAAGGACAGUGGUAGACCUCUGUCUUUAUCUUCCUUUUGGACCCUUCUGCAGUGCUGUAGUACAGCAAGGCUCUACUACAGAGGCACUAAGAACAUUAUAUGUUAGUUAGGAAGUUAAAUAUCAAAAUGGGUGAGAGUGUAAUAUUCAGAGAAAAACAUAAUUUGAAAGGAAAAAGCUAGGAAGUUCUGUCAGUCUCAGA